ACAUUUGCAUCCCAAAACCAUCAUUUUUCAAACAAAACUAAAUCACUCUUAUUGAACAAUCAAAAGAUGAUGAGGUUCCAUAAGUCACUAAUUGCCCUCUUUAGCUGGCUAUGCUUCUUCAUGGCCAUACCCUCUACUGCCCAAUUCGAUGGUCCUCCGGUGCUCGACACCGAAGGCCGACCUCUGCAGCGCGAUGUCGAGUAUUUCAUCAAGCCUGCCAUCACCGAUGUUGCUGGCAAUCUUACCUUAAUUACCCGAAAAGGCGAUCAGUGCCCAUUUUACGUUGGGCAAGUACCACUUCUUUCACAAGAAAUAGGUUUCGGGGUCACCCUCACACCUUACCUAGAGGGUGACGAUACAAUCAGAGAAGGCAGAGAUUUGAAGUUCGUGUUUCAAGCGUUCACCAUUUGCAUAACGGGGACUCAAUGGAAAGUGGGGGAGGAAGAUCCAAAGAGCGGAAGGAGGUUUGUGAAGCUCGGAAACGACAACACUGCCACCGGAUACUUUAGAAUAGACAAGAGCAACCUCGGAGUUUAUAAUAUAGGAUGGUGUCCCUCAGAUGUGCCCUUUAAAGGGAGGCCAAGGUGUGGAAGUGCAGGAAUUUUGAUUGAGAAAGGUGUGAGGUUUUUGGCUUUGGAUGGACCAGCAUUUCCUUUUGAGUUUGUGAGAGUUGAUACUGGAGAAGAGCUUGGUUCUAUCCUGAAAGAGAAAAAAUAAUGUGUAAAUUUGUUGUAAUUGUAUACACACUCAAUUAAAACUAAAUAAAACUUGAUGUAAGGAUUUACUUUUAUGUGUGUUCA